CCCUUAGAAACCAGUUUUACUAUCAUGAAGUUUGUUACUGUUUUGUCCUUGACCCCUUUCUUGGCUGCCUUGGCUUCUGCUGCUCCUACUACUGCCACCACAUCUUCCUCUAACACAACCCAAACAGCUGGUGUUUCCAUCACUAACCCUGUUCUUAACACUACUGCUGUUAUGGGCUCAAACUUCACCAUCCAAUGGACUCAAACUGACACUACUGUCUCUAACAUUGACUCUGUCUCUUUAAUGGCUGGUGAUGCUUCUGCAUUGACUACUAUCUUGGAAGAUAUUUUGAACAACCACUCCAUUGCUGCUAGCUCUUCCUCUUACACCUGGACUGUUCCUGCUAACCUUACUGCUCGUCAAGAUUAUGCUUUUGCUUUCCAUGGUGAUAACGACCAAAUCUCUUACUCUGCUUACUUCUCUAUUCUUGAAUCUAACUCUACCAGCACUACCAAUGGUACUGAAGUUGCUGAUUCUGCUGUUGAUACCGCUGAAGACGAUGCUGAUUCUGAUGAUGCUUCUGAUGAUGCUUCUGACGAUGCUUCUGAUGCUGAUUCUGAUGAUGCUUCUGAUGAUGCUUCUGAUGAUGCUUCUGAUGAUGCUUCUGAUGAUGCUUCUGAUGAUGCUUCUGAUGAUGCUUCUGACGAUGCUUCUGACGAUGCUUCUGACGAUGCUUCUGACGAUGCUUCUGAUGAUGCUUCUGAGGAUGCUUCCGAUAAUUCUAGCGCUUCCGCUGACGACUCCUCCGCUUCUACUGACGACUCCUCCGCUUCUACUGACGAUUCUUCCGCCUCUACUGACGAUUCUUCCGCCUCUACUGACGAUUCUUCCGCCUCUACUGACGAUUCUUCCGCCUCUACUGACGAUGUUGCUGCUGACUCUACCAACGUUGACGUGUCUGCUUAAUCCUUCACAUCUUAUUUAUAAACGCCUACUCUGAUAAAUAAAGUAGAAAUCUCUACUUGAUAGUGCAUAGGCAGCGCUUUUUUUUUUUGCAUAAACUCAUUAUAUAAUAAACAAUUCAUAUCUUUUUACAUGUUGUUACUCUA